GGAAACGGAAAUAGCUUUCCCUGCUGAACGAUAAACAUUUCGUUCAAACAUUGCUACUAGUACUAGCCUUGGCAAACAUUCGUCUAACAAGCCCACGACGGAAAUAUUUUCCAGAAAUGGCUCUGGAGUCUAGGAUUACGCAAGAAGAGAUUAAAAAGGAACCAGAAAAGCCUAUUGACCGUGAAAAGACGUGUCCAUUACUGUUGCGGGUAUUUACUACAAACAGCGGAAGACACCACCGACCGGACGAAUUUGCAAGAGGAAACGUCCCCUCCAGUGAACUGCAAAUAUACACAUGGAUGGAUGCAACGCUGAAAGAGCUGACCAGCCUCGUGAAGGAGGUGUAUCCAGAAGCGCGGAAGAAAGGGACGCACUUUGGAUUUGCGAUCGUUUAUCCAGAGCCUAAAAGACAGAGCUACAGGGUGAAGGACAUCGGCAGUACCGUGUCUGGCCGGAAGGGGGCAGAUGACUCCAUGACUCUCCAGUCCCAGCGCUUCCAGAUAGGAGAUUACCUGGACAUCACCAUCACCCCUCCUAACAGAGCCCCUCCCCUCAACACACGCAUGAGGCCUUUCUAGAUGUUCUCCCCCUCUUUCUCCCCCUGUAUCUCUCCCCCUCUUUACCCCUCCGCCUCUCUCUUCCCCUCUUUCUCUUGACCUUUCUCGCAUACAUUUUACACAGUAUCUUAUACAUCUAUAUUAAACAUCUAACUUGCAGACUCUUAGCUUUUCUGACCACAUGCUUAUGCAGUUGUUUUUGCUUGUAAAAUAAAGUUGCCUUUUACAAUAAA